AAAACUAUUUAUUAUAUUAAUUAAAAUAAACAAAUAUACACUCUUUAUUUUUAAUUUAAAAAUAAAAAUACAUAUCAUUAACCUGUACAACUCGUUCACCGCCAUUCCUUACGCAACUUCCAACUCCCCCCCACCCCACCCCCCCAACCCCAACCCUAUAUAUAUAAAUACAACACAACACUUCUCUUUCAGUCCUUCACUCUUUCACUCAAACUCCUUUUAUCAGUUCCCUCUUUGCUUUGCUUUGCUUUAAACCCUAUUCACUUUCUCUCUUUUAUUUACUAUAAUAUAAAAAAGAAACUUUCUUGAUGGCUCUUGAAGCUUUGAAGUCACCCAUGGCGGCGCCACCCCGCUACGAAGAUGAUGUUGAUGAUGCUCAUAAUAUGGAUUCUUGGGCUAAAGGAAAAAGAUCUAAACGACCCCGUGUUGAAAACCCACCAACUGAAGAAGAGUAUUUAGCUCUCUGUCUUAUCAUGCUUGCUCGAAGCGGAACCGGAAAAGAGACUGGAACUGGAAACGUGACUGAACCCGGUUCGAGUGGUGUUUCUGUUCAUGAAGAGCCGGAGAAGAAAACCGCCGAGUUGCCGCUGGUUCGUUAUACAGAGAAGACGGAGCAAGCGUACAAGUGUAGCGUGUGUGACAAGGCGUUCUCUUCUUAUCAAGCACUUGGUGGGCAUAAAGCAAGUCACCGUAAACUUCCUACUGCUGCCACCACCGGCGUCGCCUCUGAUGAUAACAAUCCGUCGACGUCAACUUCCACAAGCGGCGGUGCUGGCGGCGGCGGAGGAAAUAUCUCUGUGCUGAAUCCGAGUGGCCGUUCACACGUGUGUUCUAUUUGUCACAAGGCUUUCCCGACUGGUCAAGCUUUGGGUGGACACAAACGCCGUCACUACGAAGGCAAACUCGGCGGUAACAACCGUGACAACGGCAUUGGAGGAGGUGGCGGCGUUCAUAGUGGAAGCGUUGUGACUACUUCAGACGGCGGCGCGUCGACUCACACGCCGCGUGACUUUGACCUGAACAUGCCUCCCUCGCCGGAAUUGCAAUUGGAUCUGAGAAUUGACUGUGGAAUGAAAAGUCAACGUAUGAUUGAACAAGAAGUUGAAAGUCCUAUGCCUACAAAGAAACCGCGUUUAUUUUUCUCUAUGGAUUGAAUGAAUAAUUAUAAUUAGUAAUUGAUUGGAUUGUGUUAGUUAAAUUAGUGAAUUGCUUCAUGUGAUUUUUAUUUUACUUUUUAGGAAAAGAAAAAAUAUUGAUUGUUUUUUACAGUAUGCCUUUUUAUGUACAUAGUGAGAGUAGGUCAUUCAUUGGUUGGUUUGGCAAUAUAUUCUUUUUUUAAUUUA